AAGGAAGAGCAAACGGAGCCAUGGCGUCUGCUUCGUACGCAGAAGAUUUGACUUGUUCCGUGUGCCUGGCAUUGUUCACUGAUCCUGUAGUGCUCCUAUGUGGCCACUCUUUCUGCAGGGAGUGUAUUACUCUUUCUCUGAGUUCACAGCAUCAGUGUCCACAGUGUAGAGCAGAUAUUCCAAAAGAGGGGAAAUGUCUUCCAACCAAUCUCAGUUUGAAAAGUCUUGUUGAAAAAGAAGUCAACAAGAGGAGAGAGGAAGGAAAUGUCAAAGAGGUUGAUGAAUGGCAGUGCUCUGAACACGAAGAAAGGCUGAAGCUGUUCUGCGUCACAGAUCAGCAGUUAGUUUGUAUCAUAUGCCGUGACGGGGAAAAGCACCAAGGGCACAAGUUUAAACCAGUCAAAGAAGCAGUGGCACCUUUGAGGGAGAAGUUGGAGGCAUAUGUGCCACACAUUGCUGAUGAUGUCAUUGCUACAGAGAUGCUGGCCAACACACAGAGGGAGGAGAUAGCAAAAACCAAAAACAAGGCUCAGCAGCUGACGACCCAGAUCAGCAGACAGUUUGAAGAGAUGCACCAGUUCCUGAGGAGGAGAGAAGAGGAGAUCAAGAAUGAACUGAAACAAAAAGAGGAAGCUGCUGUGGAGAAAAUGAGCGACACAUUAAAUACCAUGGAAACUGCUUUGUUUGAGACCAGAGUUCUAGAAGAACAUGUAGCGUCUGUUCUGGAUAUCACAGACCCUGAGAGGUUCAUAAAGAGCUGGACUGAGAAUAACAGCAGGGUGUCUCUUGAACAUUUAUUCAGACCCAGAGCCAAUGAAUUACAAGUGGUAAAUGCCUCUCUCUCUUUGGGGCCUUAUGAAAGUCACCUGCAGUUCUUCAUGUGGAAGGAGAUGCUUCAGGUCAUUCAGCCCCGAGCAGAAGUGCUGUCACUCAAAAGUGACGUUAAAAACAUAACAGUGUCUGAUGACGGGAGGAAUUUGAUGUAUAGUCCCAUAAUCAUCAAAGCUCAGUGUUGCAACCAAAUGUGUCAGUCUUUAGGAUUUGUACAAAGGGGUUCAGUUCAUAGAUCCCUUGGAUCCAACUCUUUCGAAAGGGGUUCAUUUCCUAGAUCCUUUGGAUCCAACUCUUUCGGUUUCAGUGAAACUUGCAGGGAGGACAGCUCAGCACGUUCAGCUUCUGCAUUCAGCUCCAAUAACUUCACCUCAGGGCAGCAUUACUGGGAAAUAGAGGUUGGAAAACAGAACUAUUGGAAAGUAGGAUUAAGACAAAAUUACUUGAGCUAUAAUGAACAAGAAUAUGUCACAUCAGAUCCACCCACAAAGUUAACACUGACAAGAAGACCACAGAAGAUUGGGAUUUACCUAGACUGCCUAUCAAAGAAGCUGUCAUUCUAUGAUGCAGAAAACAUGACUCAUAUUCACACCAUGAGUGCAUUCGUGCCCGCAGAAGCAUAUUUUGAAUACAAAUUUAGUCAGGCAGCAGAUCAUAACCCCCUCAGAGUGUGCUGGUUCUAGAGUCUGGGAUAAUGGGGCAACUGGUCUUCUCAUGCCACACUGUCUGUUAAAACUCCACAAAGUCAUCGCCCUCUUUUGAGACGGUGACGAGCCUGUGUACAGAUGGGAGGUGGAACAGAUGGGCCUCUGGUGUGGACACCGAAAUCUGGAACUGAUUAUGCUCAAAACUGUUGAGAUGACUCAAGAGAAGCGUGAGAUGUUGAGAUGAUGAUUUCAUUAAGGAGGGAGGAAGAGAGCCGACUCAGAUGCUUAUUCUGAAAACCAACAAGCACAUCGGAUAGAGGAGUUGUUCAGUCUUCGCCUUAUUAUCUUUUACGUGAGAUUUUGCUUCCUCAUUUUUGCUCCUUUCUUUUUUUUCAUGUAUUUACCCUUGUGCAGCACAUGAUUUUUUAUGUCACCUUACUAAUCUGCAAAAUAUAAAAUUAUUUGUUGUGCAACAUGUCUUGGGCAGAAUAGACCAUUAGUGUGGCUGUGUAAUAGUAGACACUCUGUAACUUACAAUAAUAAUAAUGAUAAACAAAAGUUAAAUAAUUAUGCUAUGUUGCGUAAUCUACGAAGGAUUUAUGAAAAAAACGACAACUUGUGUGUUGCUGUGUAUUUUUCCUUCAGCCAGAAGUUUGUGCUUCACUGUAGAGAAUGUUGUAAAUACACUGAGUCUGAAACUAAAUGGUUGGAGAGGGAAUGUUUCUUUGUGCUCAUGUGAUGAUCUAAUGGGAUUGUGAUUGAUUUUGUGCAACUGAUAUUGCAUAAAAAAAUAAAUAAUUAAAAGAACCUGUUUAUUUCAACAUUGUUAAAGCAAAUUCUCUUGCAUAUACUGAAAUAAAGAA